GAAAAUGAUGGGAAACAAUUCGCCUGCAUUUAUUUGUAAUGAUACUGAUAUGAGUGGAUUUGGCUGAAAACUGGGAAAACGAGCGACUGACAAACAGUGACUUUUGUGGAAUGUGGAAAAAACAACAAGUGGAGUGAAGGUGUAAAACUCGCUUAUUCCAGAGAUGUAAGACCAAUUAGGAGCCGUCUCGACAGACUAUCAUCCGGAAGCAUGGCGUCAGAGGUGAGAGACUUGAUGGACGACGCUCAGGUGAUUGCGGAGGAAGUGAGCACCGAGCUGAGGGUCACAAACGGAGAGACUUUGUGUGAGAAAGUCACAGCUGUGGAAGUGGAGGAGGUGGAUUUGGGGGCUGAAGAGCUGCCUGAGAGGGCUGUGGAUGAUGAUGCCAGCUCGGAAUCGUCCCGGGAAGAGAAGCCGCCCACUGACGACACCGUCCAGAGCUGUCCAGUGAACGAGGCGGAGUGCAAGCGUCUGGAGGAGCAGGCCAAUCUCAAGCUGAUGGUCGACAAUCUGCAGGCUCAGUGCCAUUACCUGCAGACGAUGGUGAAUCAGCGCGAGGAGACGAUUGCCACGUGCGACAAGGUCAAGAAUGUCCUGGAGAAGGAGAAUCAGCUGAUGCGGCGAGAGCUGGACUUGGCCGUGCGUGAGAAGGAGGGCGCAGUCAUCAAGUAUUGCACACUGGAGAAGAAGAUCCUGGACGCCAAUCAGCUGAAGGAGGGCGCUGAGAAGAAGAGCCGCGAGGCACAGAAGGAGUGCGACCUGCUGAAUGGGAAGGUGAAGAUGUUGAAUGGCGAGAAGAAUAGAAUAUGCACAAUGCUGGAUCAAAAGUGUCACGAAAUUCGAUCGCAUCAGAAGGAAAUUGAGCGGCUGAAGAGCGAGAAUGUCGCGCUAGAGUCCAAAGUCAAGUGGCACACGAGUAAAAUGAAGCAGGAAACGGAUUCCAGACAAGCGGCGGAGAAGAGAAUCGAUGAGCUGACGGUGGAAGUCGGUCAAUUGAAGUGCAACGAGGCGGCGUGGGUGAAGAAUGAGGCCGAUUCUGAGCGAGUGGCGCACAUGGAGAAGCAAUGCAUGGAGCAGCAGGCUUCGCUGAUCCUCCUGAAGCAUGGCAAUGAGGAGAAGGAGGCGAAGAUUGAGGCGACUGAGAAGAAAUUGCAGGAAGUACAAAGUGAAUUGGUGGAGUUGCGAGUAAAGUAUUCAACGGUAUUCCAGGAGAGGGAGAGUCUCAGUGAGGAAGUGGCGAAGCUGAAUGCUGAAAUCAAUGAUUUGCAGACCACUCUUGACCAGGAAACGCUUAAAGUGGCGGAUUUUCAGGCGAAACUCAGUGAUUUGGAGGCGACUAGAGCGCAGUUGUCGCUGGAGAAGGAGAAUGGCGCCCGGCAAGGGCGUGAGCAUGAUGUUCUGGUGCGCAAUUAUGAGGACAACUUGGUGGAAUUGCAGGAAAUACGCACAAAGGAGUCGGAAUUGUUGCAAUUCAACCGAGACCUCACGGAGAGAAACGUAAAGUUACAGAAUGAGAUCACACUGUACAAUUCCAAGGCUGUGGCGUUGUGCCUCGAGAAUGAGGCGAUCAAGAAGGAGAAGAAGAUCUACGAUGAUCGCAUUGCCGAACUGGAGCGCGAUCUGGACAAGGAGAGGACGCAGAAGAACGACGAGAGGAUUCUCCUGACGAAGCACAUAUCUGAGAAGACGAAACUCUGCGAGGCUACGCAGAAGAAGCUCGAUUCGGCCCUGGGAGAUUUGGAUGCUGCCAAGAGGAAGAAUGCGCAGACUGUGAAGGAGCUGAAUCGGGAGCUUGAGAAAGUGCGUCGACGACAGGAGAAUGUGGUCAGCGUGGCGUCGGAGAACAGCUCGGAGAAGGAGUCAUCGCCGCAAGUGAGUGACACGGACUCUCAGGCGCAUUCUGAGGGCGGCACGCCGCCGCUGUCGGUGUCUGGGCUGGAGCCAUCGCGCCAGACGCUGAUCGAUCGGAUUCUGCGGCUGCAGCAGGCCAGCGCGCGCCAGGCGGAGAAGCUGGACUUCCUGGAGAAUCACUCCGCCACGCUCGUGUCGGAGCUGCAGAAGAAGACAAAGGUGCUACAGUACUACAUGCUGCGCGAUCAGUGCGGCGCCCUGGCGUCGUCCAAGAGUGACCGGCACAAGGCUGAGCUGGCCAAAUACGGUGGCGGAAUAAUGGCGGCAAUCUACGGUGGGACGUCGAACAAGAGUGGCGAAAUGACCCUCGAUUUAUCCCUGGAAAUCAAUCGAAAGCUUCAGGCGCUGCUCGAGGACACGCUGCUAAAGAACAUCACCCUCAAGGAGAAUUUGGAUACCCUUGGACUUGAGGUGGACAAAUUAACCAGGAGAUUGUCGGCGAAAUGACAUUGAAGAAGUGCUGGGCGUUGUAAGUUUCAUCAUUUCUUUAA